AUGACCAAAUCUAAGAAAACCCAAGUUGUCGAGUUGAACUUCGACAACAUGGAGAAACUCGAACACCUCAAGCCCAUCCCCAAAUCCCGCUCGUCUUCGAUCACCUCCAUCGAGAGCGAGGAUGGAACCAUGCAGACAGUCUUGAAGCCUCCUCCAAGAAAGGACUUCGACGAUAUCGUCGCCUUUGAGUCGUACAUCAGAGACGAGACCUGGGACAACGACUUCGACUACUGCCACGCUCAUUUGAACUACUACCCACCCUUCAUUUUAAAGGAGGUCCACGGCAAUUUAGAUAAGAUCAAGCCCACCAUGAACAAGAACUCCAGAAAGUUCAGAAGAAACCUUCAACACCACAUCAAGCGCCACUUAAUGCCCGACAUGGCCAAGUGUUCUGGUUUCCAGAUGGACUUUGGAAAGGCUGUGAUGGAGGAAACUCCUAAGGCCAUCACCUGGAAGUUCCAGGACGCAGGCGACCACGGCUUCGACAAGGAGGAAGAGGACAUGUACGACAGACAUUGGAAGUUAGAAUUGCAGGUCAAGUGUAACAACGAGAAUCCAAUGGUCGAGGUCGACUACAAGUCUGUUCCUGUUUGA